AUGUCAGGCCUCACUCCAUCAUCCACCCAAACUGUAGAAGCACUCGCCGUAUUCACCACCCUCCGACAUUUCCAAUAUACCUUAUCUCGCUUGCGUACAAUCGCCACAGUCGCUAACGCAGAAGCAGGUCCCAUCCGUACCACACCAUCUUCUUUGAUUGGCAAAAUUAUAACCCCAAUACACGCUCUCUCGGUCCUCACCCCACCCGUCACCUACAUCCUAUGCGUCACUUUCAACCGCCUCGCGCAGCCUGCGUGGAUGCUGCGAAUGAGCCUUUCUAAUACUUAUUUUACACACGAAAUUGAAGUAGGGCUGAGAGUCGCAGCAUGCGCAGCGACCUUUGUGCUCAACGGAUUCACCAGACGUGCAUUCACCCACCUUGGCAAUCAAUGGCACUUGAUCGGGAGACGCGAGAAGUCUAGGAUCGUGCAAACAGGUCCAUACGCGAUAGUGCGUCAUCCGCUGUACACGAGCGUGCUUAUCCAGGGAUUGCUUUUUACGCUGAUGACCUGGUCUUAUGCGCCACUUGUAGGAUCGGCUAUUGCUACUGGCCUGUCUGCUGUUAAGCUGCUUGUUGAGGAGGAUCUUAUUUUGCAAGACCCUGCUGUCGCUGGGGAAUAUCGUGCGUAUAUGCAAAAAGUGCCUGCGCGACUUAUUCCGUUCCUUUGGUGAUGUCUUUAUUCAUGUUUUCUCUUUGCUUCCUGACCACACCCACACGUCCAUUCACUGGUGCCAUAAUCUCACGGUUUUCGCAUUUAGUUCGUGUCGUCUCAUACCAUACACUUAGUAUUGUUCUCAAACGUACUGCCUCAGGCAUCGUCGGACUCGGACUUGGAAUAAACAUAAUGCAAUUUGAUGCAAAUGGGGCACAAAGUAUGGACAUACGCACAUGCAAAGUUUACGUACCUUCAUUUUGAACUUUAAAUGCGAAGUGUAAAUAAAUGUCACAUGAUGUGAUAUUAGAAUUUCGUUUAU